AUGCUUAUUGUCAGAUACAGUGAAUAUAUGUCAAAGAAGCAAGAGGUGUUCAGUCUUCCAAUUAUUUUCAAGAACGAGAGUAAAAAUGAAGAUUGCCUGGACAUCAUGGAUGCAUACGAGAGACAGCUGACAGAAAUUUUCACUCUUGCUCAUGGAAAUACUGAUAUGUUGCAAAAACAUGGAGCUGUCCUGGGUGGUGACCAGCUAACAAGGGAAAGGCUACAGAAUGUAAAAAACAUAAGAUUUUUAGCAUUAACACCUGAGGGGAGAUUUGAACACCUGAAUCCAAUAGUUAUUGAACAUUGGCAUGUCAAGCAGGAUUUGUUAUCUAAAGCAUACAAGGCAUUGUUCAGAGCAGAAUCGAUAUGCACACCAGGCACUCUCUUCCAUGCCAAGACAAUUCUAAGGAGGCAAGAUGUCACAGGUAAUGUGAAGAGUAAUUACAAAGCCCAUGAAGAUUUGUUCCUCUUGAUGGUGAAGGCUCUCCUGCAUGUUGCAGCUGAACAAAUUCAAGUACAAGAUAAUGAAGACAGAGAUUCAAUACUCAGCCAGCUGUAUAGCAAAGUACAUGGUGAAGAACAUGAUGCAGAAGACCAGGUCAUGAACUAUUUCAUCAAUAUUAUUGAAUGGGGACUCCUUAUCAUGAAUAUGAACGAUACUGCAAAAGAGGGAGAUUUUGAGCGGCUUGAAAUCAACUGCAAGGAAGGCAUUGGUUUCCUACUCAGUCACUCAAUAUUCAGCAAAUACUUUGGGGAACUUGUCAACUUCCUUUUGCUAACAAAGCAUCUUCUAUCACCAGAUAUGUCAAUGAGAGCAUUAGAAGGUGCUUUUAUCAAUACCAAAGGUGGACCAGGGAAGAACAAAGAGGCAGACCUGGUCCAAGAGCAUUGUAUCAGAAACAAGAAAGAUUUAAUAAGGAGUCUAGGAGCCAAUAAAACAGAAAAGGCUGUUAUGAGAGCAUGUGGUGCUGCCGACACCUGUGUUGGAGUUGGACGAACAGUUGAUGGAUGUCUUGGAUUACCAAAACUGUCUGUCAAUCACACCAAAAAGUCUUCUGUAAAAGAUCUUGAGAUUCUUGUUAAGUGUUUGAAAACUGUAGAUCCUUUUAAAUAUCACAAAGGUAGAACUUUGAAGUCCUUUUGUAACAUUAGAAAACACCCUGAUAGGAUAAUAAAUAUUGAAGAAAUGUUAGAUUUAAUUAGUAAGAAAAUUAGAAAAUUCUUCAUUGAUCAUUCAUAA